UGCGUCGUCCCCUCCCGCUCACCGCGGCGCGCCCACCGCGCCUGCGCGUACUUUCUAUUUGAAGAUGGCGGCAGCGGCUAAAGAUGCUGGAGCGGGAUUUGGAUCUGGGAGUGGGAGCAGUCCGGGAGGGUCCGGUGGUAACGGCAGCGGAGACACACUUCAGCUGACCGCAGGAUCUCUGGAUCCCGAAUCUUCUAACGAAAAGGAGACCUUGGAUCCAGCAGGAGAGGGUGACGCAAUGGACACUCAGACUGGCUCGGUUGAUGAAGAGAAUGGCCGGCAACUUGGGGACGUCGAGCUUCAGUGCGGCAUCUGCAUGAAGUGGUUCGGGGCAGAUACAUUUGCACUUGACACCACGUUGUGCCUGCCUUUCAUGACAAACUACAGCUUUCACUGCAACAUGUGCCAUCAUAGUGGAAAUACCUACUUUCUCAGGAAGCAAGCAAACCUGAAGGAAAUGUGUCUUACUGCUCUAGCGAACUUAACGUGGCAGUCUCGAAACCAAGACGAGCACCCCAAGACUAUGUUCUCGAAAGACAAGGAUAUUAUUCCAUUCAUUGACAAGUACUGGGAGAGUCUGACCACAAGGCAGAGACCUGGGAAAAUGACCUGGCCCAAUAGUAUUGUGAAAACCAUGACAAAGGAAAGGGACGUGUUUCUGGUAAAGGAGCACCCAGAUCCAGGCAGUAAAGAUCCAGAGGAAGAUUAUCCAAGGUUUGGCCUCCUUGACCAGGACCUGGGUAACGUUGGGCCAGCUUAUGAUAACCAGAAACAAAGCAACACUGUCUCUGUUGGAGGAGGCCUGAACGGUUCUGCUGCUGCCAGCAGCUCUGCUAAAGGGAGAGGAGCCAAACGUAAGCAGCAAGAUGGCGGAUCCACCAGCACUGCCAAAAGAACGCGAAGUGAUCCGCUGUUUUCAGCCCAGCGUCUCCCCCCGCAUGGCUAUCCUUUGGAGCACCCGUUUAACAAAGAUGGUUACAGAUACAUCCUGGCAGAACCCGACCCUCAUGCUCCUGACCCAGAAAAGCUGGAGCUGGACUGCUGGGCUGGGAAGCCCAUCCCUGGGGACCUGUACAGAGCCUGCCUCUAUGAAAGGGUCCUGCUUGCUCUGCAUGACCGUGCUCCUCAGUUAAAGAUCUCGGAUGACCGGCUGACUGUGCUGGGAGAGAAGGGAUACUCCAUGGUGAGGGCAUCUCACGGCGUGCGGAAGGGAGCCUGGUACUUUGAGAUCUUUGUCGAUGAAAUGCCCCCAGAGACAGCUGCCAGGCUGGGCUGGUCUCAGGCCCUAGGGAAUCUCCAGGCUCCGCUCGGUUAUGACAAGUUCAGCUACUCAUGGCGAAGCAAGAAGGGCACUAAGUUCCACCAGUCCAUUGGAAAACACUACUCUGAGUCCUACGGACAGGGCGAUACCUUGGGCUUCUAUAUUAACCUCCCAGAUCUUACAGAGACUGCACAGGCUUUGCCCGACACCUACAAAGACAAGGCACUGAUCAAAUUUAAAAGUUACUUGUAUUUUGAAGAGAAGGAUUUUGUGGACAAAGCUGAGAAGAGCUUAAAACAGACUCCUAGUAGCGAGAUUGUGUUCUACAAAAAUGGUGUAAACAAAGGCGUGGCCUAUAAAGAUCUGUUUGAAGGAGUGUAUUAUCCUGCCAUAUCCCUGUACAGAGGCUGCACGGUGUCCAUAAAUUUUGGACCACAUUUCAAGUACCCACCGAAAGACGUGUCUUUCCUUCCUAUGAGCGACAUGGCGUGGGAAGCAGUGGUGGAACACACUCUCGCUGAUGCGCUUUACCAUGUCGAGACUGAAGUCGAUGGAAGGAGAAGUCCUCCCUGGGAGCCUUAACGGAGCCCGACCCUUUAGUUUUAGUU